AUGCAAAGGCAAGCUUCUUCUGCGGCAAUAGAACCGGGAGCGUUUUCCUUGCAGCGUCCUGCACUUUGUGAAGGAAUCCGCAUCGCUAAGCUUCUUCCUGGUCCGUGCUCCAACAUGAAUAGACACACGUUGGCGGAAUUUUGUUCUGCAUUCAUCGUCUUUAAGACCUGCCAUGUCGAUUUUCGGUUGAAGAGGAACUCCUCGGUUUCUCUUGUGGAACCGUAUCUCAAAGCUGAGAAGAACUGGACGGCUCUUUUGCUGCUCAUCGACAUUGCAAGUGCUGUAGAGGAGAAAGUUGAAAUGGUUGGGCAAGUCAGAGUCCUACCAGAUGGUGAUCAACGAAUAAUAGUUUCGCCAACAUGGAAGCCUCAACGACAUUUCCCUCCAGUCGUGGUCCACAAUACUACCGAAAUCGUUGGAAUAGUUUACAUCUUGCCAAACCAUGGAAAGUGCAUAUCAAAUAGCGACUGUUCAUCAUACCAAGACGCGAUUUGUGUCCGCUCUUUCUGUGUAAAGGCUGGACGAAGAUGUUCAACGGACAACCACUGUCCUCGAUUUCUUCUAUCACAAUGUAUCGAUAACUACUGUGUUCAACUUGGUCAGAGUUGUUUUCUGGACAAGGACUGCCCUUUUCAUCCUGAGACGUCCUGCGUGGACAAUAAAUGCGUAAUUCUUGGACGAGCGUGUAAUGAUCGACUACAAUGCCCACCCCACCUGCACAUUAAAUGUAUAAAGUCCGUCUGUCGCAGGAUUGACUUUAACUUUGACCAUCGUAUCUGUGAAAAAGAUGAAGAAUGCAAUAUUGCCGCCUAUGAAUUUUGCUUUCAUGGCAAAUGCAUGACACUUGGUCAACACUGUGCCCAUGACAGCGAAUGCACUUACUAUCCUGACACGGCAUGCGUCAACUCUCGCUGCGCCAAACUUGGACAAUCAUGCAUUAACGCACUUGGUUGCCCCUUCCAGCCGUACACUACAUGUAUGAACCUAAUAUGUCUGAAAAAACAACCAGUGAAAACCUGUACAGUGGAUCAAGAAUGUAAUCCCUUAUCAUAUAGUUUCUGUAUUAGUGGAAGGUGCAAAAAACUGGGCCAACGUUGUUCAGCCGACCACAAUUGCCCACUCGGUCCUGAGACAGUGUGCGCAAAUUCACGUUGCAUCAAAAUUGGACAACCAUGUCACAACGCUAUGGAUUGUACAUUCUACCCAUACAUAACAUGUCUCAACUCCCUCUGUCAGAAAGCUGGAAGUCCAACAUGCUAUUCAGAUAAAGAAUGCAAUCCAUCUGCCUAUUCGUUCUGUAUUAGCGGAAAAUGUGCCAAACUCGGCCAGCAAUGUUCACACGAUAGUGAUUGUCCAUUCAGUCCACACACGGUGUGCCUGAACACACGAUGCAUCAAAAUCGGACAACCAUGUAGGAACGCAGUGGACUGUCCAUUUAAUCCCUCUAUAAUCUGCAUCAAUUCACUUUGUCAAAAGGCAAUCGAUAAAACAUGUACCGUGGACACAGAAUGCAAUCCAUCCGCCUAUACUUUUUGUAUUGAUGGAAAAUGUACAAAACUAGGUCAGCAGUGUUCUGAAGAUAGUGAAUGUCCAUUUUCACCUCAGACAGCGUGCGCAAACUCACGGUGCAUUAAAAUUGGACAACCAUGCCACAACGCUAUGGAUUGUGCUUUUCACCCUUACAUAACAUGUCUCAACUCCCUCUGUCAGAAAGCUGAAAGUCCAACAUGCUAUUCAGAUAAAGAAUGCAGUCCGUUAGCAUAUACUUUCUGUUUUAGCGGACGAUGCAUCAAACUUGGUCAGCUGUGUUCUGAUGACAGUGAAUGUCCAUUCCGUCCUCAGACAGCAUGUGCAAACUCAAGGUGCGUCAAAAUUGGACAACCAUGCAGCAACGCAAUGGAUUGUGCUUUCCACCCUUACAUGACAUGUCUCAACUCCCUUUGUCAGAAGGCUGGAAGUUCAACAUGCUAUUCAGAUAAAGAAUGCAAUCCAUCUGCCUAUUCGUUCUGUAUUAGCGGAAAAUGCACCAAACUCGGACAGCAAUGUUCACACGACAAUGAAUGUCCAUUCAGUCCACACACGGUGUGCUUGAAUACACGAUGCAUCAAAAUCGGACAACCAUGUAGGAACGCAGUAGACUGUCCAUUUAAUCCCUCUAUAAUCUGCAUCAAUUCACUUUGUCAAAAGGCAAUCGAUAAAACAUGUACCGUGGACACAGAAUGCAAUCCAUCCGCCUAUACUUUUUGUAUUGAUGGAAAAUGUACAAAACUAGGUCAGCAGUGUUCUGAAGAUAGUGAAUGUCCAUUUUCUCCUCAGACAGCAUGCGCAAACUCAAGGUGCGUCAAAAUUGGACAACCAUGUAGCAACGCAAUGGAUUGUGCUUUUCACCCUUACAUAACAUGUCUCAACUCCCUCUGUCAGAAAGCUGGAAGUCCAACAUGCUAUUCGGAUAAAGAAUGCAAUCCAUUAGCAUAUACUUUCUGCUUUAGCGGACGAUGCAUCAAGCUCGGUCAAGAAUGUUCAACUGACAGUGAAUGUCCAUUCCGUCCUCAGACAGCAUGCGCAAACUCAAGGUGCGUCAAAAUUGGACAACCAUGUAGCAACGCAAUGGAUUGUGCUUUUCACCCUUACAUAACAUGCCUCAACUCCCUCUGUCAGAAGGCUGGAAGUCAAGCCUGUUACUCAGACAAAGAAUGUAAUCCAUCGGCCUAUCUGUUCUGUAUUAGUGGAAAAUGUACCAAACUCGGUCAAGAAUGUUCAACUGACAGUGAAUGUCCAUUCCGUCCUCAGACAGCAUGCGCAAACUCAAGGUGCGUCAAAAUUGGACAACCAUGUAGCAACGCAAUGGAUUGUGCUUUUCACCCUUACAUAACAUGCCUCAACUCCCUCUGUCAGAAGGCUGGAAGUCAAGCCUGUUACUCAGACAAAGAAUGUAAUCCAUCGGCCUAUCUGUUCUGUAUUAGUGGAAAAUGUACCAAACUCGGCCAGCAGUGUUCACACGACAGUGAAUGUCCAUUCAGUCCACACACGGUGUGCCUUAACACACGAUGCAUCAAAAUAGGACAACCAUGUAGCAACGCAAUGGACUGUCCAUUUAAUCCCUUUAUAAUCUGUAUCAAUUCACUUUGCCAAAAGGCAAUCGAUAAAACAUGCACCUUAGACAGAGAAUGCAAUCCAUCUACCUACAUUUUUUGUAUUGAUGGAAAAUGUACAGAACUCGGCCAGCAGUGUUCUGAUGAUGGCGAAUGUCCACUUUUCCCUAGAACAGUAUGCGUCAGCUCACGUUGUAUUAAAGUUGGACAACCGUGUGUGAACACGAUGGACUGUCCUCUUCAACCUACGACAACUUGCAUUAACUUUUUAUGUCAGAAAGCUGGCGGUGAAACAUGUAUUACCGACCAUGAGUGUAACCCCUCGGCAAAUCGUUUCUGCAUCGAACAACGAUGUGUGAAACUUGGUCAGCAGUGCCGAAUUGAUAAUAACUGUCCUUUCUACCCGAAGACAGUUUGUGUUAACUCACAAUGCAUCAAACUUGGGCAAUCUUGCAGCAGCGGAGCAGACUGCCCACUUUACCCACAUACGACAUGCUACAAUUCUUCAUGCCAGAAGCCCGGCGGUCAAGAGUGUUAUUCAGACAAAGAAUGUAGUGUCUCCUCCUAUGUGUUCUGCGUCGAUGGACGCUGCACAUUGCUUGGCCAACCAUGUACACAUGGCAAGGAAUGUCCAUACUCCCCUCAAACAGUAUGCAUGAGUUCGAAAUGCGUGAAACUUGGCCAGACCUGUCGCACAGAAAAAGAUUGCCCAUUUUUUCCUCUUUCUACAUGUAUUAACUCACGAUGUGUGGACAAUGACCGCAGCUGCAUCCUUGACCGAAAUUGCCCUUCUGAAAAAAUGGUUUGCAUCAAUUCGAAAUGCAUGGAUCUGGGAGGACCUUGUACAACGGAUAACGAUUGUCCUCCUUCGCCGAAUGUGUUCUGUUUAAACAACAAAUGUGUUCAACUAGGACAGCAAUGUACGACAGACUCGGAAUGCCCAUCAUAUCCCAGAGCAAUCUGUGUCAGCUCUAAAUGUACAAAAGCCGGCCAGCCCUGUGUGUACGACAUGCAAUGUCCUCCCCCAACUAUCUGUAUCGAGGGAAAAUGCACCAAACUAAGUCGCUGUGAAAAGGAUUCGGAUUGUCCUUUAAAAAUGUUUUGUGUGUCUUCGAUGUGUGUAAAAUUAGGGCAAAAGUGUAGCACCGACGAUGAGUGUCCACAAUACCCUGAAACAGCUUGUGUGAGAUCGAAGUGUAUAAAAAUGGGCCAAACUUGCUCUAAAGAUAGAGACUGUGGUCCUUACGUUGAGGUGCAAUGCGUUAAUUCACAAUGCAGAAAACCAUCUAAAUGUCAACUGGACAGAGAAUGUCCGCCAGAUAUGGAAUGUGUACAGUCUAUUUGUACUGCGCUAGGUCAAUUAUGUCAGAGAGAUAGCACUUGUCCAAGCUACCCUAACACUGCCUGUAUGGACGGUAAGUGCGUAAAAGUUGGCCAACAGUGCCAAAGAAACGCAGACUGUCCUGAUUCUCGAUUAAAGUGUGUGAAUUCAAAAUGUAUUAAACUUGGACCAUGCCAGUCGGAUAGCGAUUGUCCUGAAACGACUUACUGCAUACAAUACGAAUGCAGACAGCUGGGACAAGUAUGUCAUCAAAAUUAUGAUUGUACGUACUUCCCGGAAUACAGCGCUUGUGUUGGUGGUAAAUGCGUUCGGGUUGGUCAGUAUUGCAAAGACGACGCAGAAUGUCCUAACCAAUUGAUGUGCAUUAAAUUUCAAUGCCAACCCACAGGGGAGUUUUGUCUGAGAGAUAAUGACUGCAGAUAUUUUCCAAUUACCGUUUGCUUACAAUCGAAAUGCACCAAAACAGGUCAACAUUGCGAGAAAGAUUCAGACUGUCCAUAUCCGUUGAUUUGCAACAGCUUCAAGUGCUCAAAACUCGAACACUGCACAUCUCCGACAGACUGUUCGGAACCUGGAUCUUUGUGUUUAGAUAGCAUGUGCACUAAACCAGAAUGUCAGAAUGAUGAGGAGUGUCCACAAGGCUACAAAUGCGUGAGUUUUCAAUGUCUUAUUACUGGACAAUCCUGCAAAAGCGACCGUGACUGCCCCAAUAGACUUGGAUGUAUCGACGGAAAAUGUAAUCCAAAACAUUUCCGCCUACCGCAACCGAUCCCUGAGCAAUCGUCCUCAACAACUUCCUCGACAACAACGACGACAACUACAACCAGUAGCACCACCACUGAGACUACAACAAGAACUAAACCAACGACAACCACAACCACAUCAACUACAACAACAACACAAGAACCCAGGAUAGUAGAAAUUACAGGUACAUGUCGUUCUAUUUCGCACAGCGGACAGCAACAAAUUCUUCAUAUGCACAACUAUCGACGGUCCGAGUUGACCAGAGGUCAUGUGACAGGUGCCGGCGGAAGGAAGCUCCCGACGGCCGCUUCUAUGUUUAUUAUGACAUGGAGCGAUCGACUCGCAAAAGCGGCUUGCGAAUACGCGAAGCACUGUUCAACGUCUAUAUCUAGACGUUCAACUUCAUUAAAAGAUCAAGGUGAAAACUACUAUCAAAUGCACAAAGGGAGAAGCGGAAGCGACGAUAAGGCGACAGCGAAGGAGGCUGUGCAACAUUGGUGGAGCGGGGCGGUCGAUAUGCCUCAAAAUCUUAUUUACUCCAACUCUUUUGGGACGCCGCUUAAGUUUUUCACACAAAUGGCAUGGGGAAGAACAUAUUCGUUGGGGUGCAGCAUGGUCGAUUGCUCUUCAUCAAGUUAUUUAAUCUGCCGAUAUCAACCAGAAGGUAACAUCGACGGACGACCUGUGUAUUCGGCGGGAAAUCCUAGUAGUAAAUGCUUUUAUGGGCGUGUAAGUCCAAAAACUGGAUACGAUAGACUUUGUAACGGUCCCAGAUAUUAA